CUCUCGGUCAGUAUGAUCAGUUUCUUUACUUCCUCCUUUUUGGAGUGGCUGAGCUGAAUACCAGAACACAGGAUAUGCUUCACAUUGCUCUCAGUUUCGCAGCAGCAGCAGCAGCAGCAGCAGCAGCAGAGGCGGUGGUGGAUCAGCCGUGAGAACGACACACUCUGCAGUCAAGAUGAGUGCCGGGGAUGUGGUGUGCACCGGCUGGCUCAUUAAAUCCCCCCCGGAGAGAAAGCUGAAGAGAUUUGCGUGGCGGAAGCGCUGGUUCGUGCUCCGGUCGGGGAGAAUGUGUGGCAACCCAGAUGUGCUGGAAUACUACCAGAGCAAGAACUCCAAGAAGCCAAUCCGAACCAUCGACCUGAAGGAAUGUGAGGUGGAGAUGCUCAACAACCAGCUGCGGAUAAAGCGGGACUUUCACGGGAAGCACCUCUUCGUGGUGAAAACGUCUUCCCGCGUUUUUUACCUGGUGGCCAACACGGAGGAGGAGAUGAACGGCUGGAUCAGCAACAUCAGUCAGAUUUGUCGUUUCGGGAACCUGGAGGAGGCAGAGAGCACAGAUGAUGGAUCUUCUCUUACCCCCACCUCCAUUCAGCCAUCAGUGGACAGUGAUCGAGUGUCUCUAGCGAGCCAACCAGACACCAGCUAUCCACGAGAUUAUCUCCUCCUCUCACAGUGUGAAACAAGGAGUGUAACCACUAGACAAGACAGCUUCACGAACUCUGACAUCUCUCUGGAGCAGAGGUUGUCAGACGAUGCAGCCAAGGACGUGCACGCCGAGUCUUCCUUGUCCUCCAUUUCUCACAUGAGCCGCAGCCCGUCUCUUUACUCCAACGGGAGGAUGUCCAACGCUCCCUUCAGCGCUCCGUGCAGCUUCCCAGUGUUGCCGUCCGCCUCCUCUUCGCCGCUCCAUCGCUGUUCCCCAAACGUCUUCCAGUUCGACAAACCUUUCUCUCCCACCGUGUUCGAGGCAGCCGGCGACACCCAAACACCACCCCCGCUACCGCCCAAGCCAACUCACCUGUCAGAGCUGCUGAGUGACGGAGGAGCUAAUAGGCCAAAGACGUUCAGUCCGCAGCACUUCCCCGCCAGCGGGCCGGUAUUUUCCAGAAGAACCUCAUUGUCCGGAUUGGAUCAUUUCACAAUGGGCAACACCGACAGCAGAUUAACGAGGAACAGAAGACAGAGUGUUAAUUUGCCCUGUUUAAAUACGGUACAAGUUCAAAGCUACCAGUCUGAGUCGUACGUCCCCAUGGCGUCCCCUUCUCCGUCUCUUCCAUCUGUUGAAGGAGACAGUUACAUCCCCAUGAGCCCCAGGACUUUCAGCUUCCUCAGUACAAACUCCAAAGCUGAGUCUGCCUCGUCACUCAGCCCAGUAAUGUGCCAACCUGGAGAAAUUGCACCGCCUCCAGUUCACCGACACCUCAAGCCUCGCUUACGGAGAGUUCGACCUCCACCUCUAGACCUGAGAGGCCUUUCGACAAUUACUGAAUUUCCCACUCAUAUCCCGCUAUGCAGAGUAAUGACUGAUUCAUGCUUUCCACUGACCCACUUACCUCUUGACAGAAGGCUUGAAAAUGGGGAUAGUUCAACGGACGAAGUGACAAACUGCUCUGCACUGGAAUUGAGACAAUCACUCUGUCUCCCCUUGGAUGGGGCAGCUCAGCACUGGAAGAGAAGCUCAAACCUUGAUUAUCUCUCACUGGAUUUCAACUCUGCAUCCCCUUCCCCUGUGCAAAAGCAGAAGCCACUUCUCGCUGACGAGUACAAAGUGGACUACGUGCAGGUGGACGAGAAGAAGACUCAGGCCCUACAGAACACAAAAAUGGAGUGGAAGGACGUCAGGCAGUCGAAAACCUGAAGACAACAUGUUUGAGGACGCGGUCAUUAACAUGAACAGGAGUUCAAGAACAAUAUUGAAAAAAAACAAAAACAGUAAGACAUUCACGUAAAGAAUUAAUGGAAAAGCACUUUUAAGAACAGCACUGAAAUAAAAGUCACACAAAAGCCAUGAAGCCAUGAGAUGCUUGUUUUUUCGAGAGGAAGCGAGCAGUUGCACUCUGCAGGACAGAAAUGUAAAUUGUACUUGAUCAUGCGAUGCUCACUGUGAUUUUUCAGCUCAUUGUAGCCUAAGAUUCAUUCAGUUUUGUCAAAAUAAAAAAAAGGCUGUAAAUAUAUGUAUAAAUGUAAUAUAAAGGUCUAAGUCUAUA